UCUCUACAACCUUUACUAGUCUAAUCUCCUUCUCUCUCUCUCUCUCUCUCUCUCUAAUGAGCCCAAUUUGUUCCACAACCUUUACUAGUCUCCUUCUUCCAAUUCGCUCUCUGUACAGAACCCAAUUUGGUCUCCACCUUUAAAAUCCAUAUAUGGCUUCUCAACACCCUUUACUAGUCUUCUUCUCCCACAUCUCUCUCUCUAGGGAACCCAAUUUGGUCUCCACCUCUAAGAUCCCUAUGGCUUCUCCAAAACCUUUCCUUGAUCCUUGUAAUUCGCGGUUUGGAUUGGCCAGUGUGAAGCUCCGGGAAGCUCCGGCAGGGUUUGGAUCCAAUUCACCAAGGAGAGAGAAGACUCUAGAUCUAUUUGGUCAACGUCAAUAGUUCUGAGAGAGUUUCAAACAAAAACAGGAUACUGGGCAAGUAUCAGUUUUUUUUUUUUUACUUUUUGGGUUUGUAACGUUUUAAUUUUUUUUGGGCUUAGGCCUCUGUGGGCCUGUAUUACAAUUUUGUACCUUAUUGCAUUUGUUUUUAUCCCUGCAUUUCAUGUAAGCAUACUCUUCAAAGGUUGCGUUCCUUCAUCGUUCCUUCUUCUACCUUUCAAUCGAAAAUGAGCUCCAUCAUCCUGAUGAAGUCACUUUCAUUGGUCAGAAAAUGCAGAUUUCUCUCUGCAUAUGGAGGAAGGUUUCCAGUUCGUGCUUAUGCAGCUCCUGCACCUACUUUUGAGCCAUAUGUGGCUCAAUCCAGGUACCUUGGUUCUACUUCUAUAUCAGAUGAACAUCCAUCUUUUGAACCUUCCUCUAUGAAGACGUUUGUCGAACCAUCUGCCUUUGAUAGUUUCAAGGCUCAUCAGGCAGCGCAUGUUAUAGUUAUGCUGCACCUUAAGCCGUCUAUUUUGGGUGAUUUGGUCUUCCGAAAUGAACUUACUAUUCCGGCUGAGAAAUCUGAUCUGCUAAAUGGUCUUUGCUGCAUGAGUCGUUAUUCAUUAUUUCCCUCUGAUAGCGUUACGAAGAAGGAUCUUCGUAACCGUUUAUGCAUUCUGGUUGCUGGAUAUGUGGGCGAAGAGAUGUCUUUUGGGCCUAAUUUUGUCACGACACGUUCUAAAUUAGAUUUCAAAGCUGGAAUGAACUUAGCUUGGUAUAUGGUUUCUGAGUUUGCUUUUGGGGAAUUUGGUCCCGGUUCGUUUUCUGACAGAAGCUGCGUCUCUGAUCAAAAUUUAUAUUCUAUGGAGAAAGCGGCGAGACAUUUGCUUGCCGAUGCUGUGAGGGUAGCUCGUCAGUGCCUUAUUCAACAUUUAUCUCAGUUUCAUUCUAUUGCUAAAGCUAUUGGCCGCGGUGAGGUUCCUACUCCCGAAAAUGUUGACAAGUUAACCAGUGGAUGUUGAUAAUUUUGCUGAUUUACAUGGGAAUCUAUAGUUUGCUGCUUAACCAGGGGAUGUUGAUAAUUUUGCUGAUUUACAUGGGAAUCUAUAGUUUGCUGCUAACAAGACAAUUUUAGUUUUUUGUUAAUGUUUUUUUUGUAAUUAAGUAAAACAGUGUUUACUGAUGUGAUUUUUAGCUUUGGAAUUAAGGAUUCACUCAUUGCAAUAGCAGGGUGUGUUUACUGAUGUGAUUUUCAUCAUUGUAUUUGGUUCAAGUUGAUUCAUCACAUUAAUACUCUAAUUUAGGGUUCAUAGCAA